GGCAUAUUGAGUAUCAUGGACCAAACGUUGUUUACGCCGCGGCUGAAGUUGUCGCUCAUCACGACAGCGGAAAGAGGGAGCCAGGAGCUUGAAUGGUUACAUGAGUUGCGCAGUGAUGAGAAGGCUACAUGGUGGAGUUUUUACGGCAUAUCAAAGACCAUCGAAGAUACGGAAAGAAUCAUGAAAAGCGCUUUGCCGGCUACAUUCAACGAAGGCGAAGAGAAAUCAUACCGGGUCGUCUAUGCCAUUCACGAACUACUCGCUCCAAACAGCACUCCAGCAAAUCAAGAAGAUAUCCCUACCCGGGUUAUCGGACUCAUCACUCUCCGUUCUCUCGAUAAAGGCAGUCUUGCUCUACCACUCCAUAUCUUCCCAGAAUCUGUCCACUCACCCGAUUGUCUCACAGUCGAACUCGGAUACCAAUUCUUGCCCGCCGCAUGGGGCAAAGGCCUCGCAACCGAAGCCGUAACAAAAGUCCUCGACGCUUGCCACAGUGAGCAAAAGUUCUGGGACAAUUACCAAAAGGUGUUUGUUAGAGCGGUUGUUAAUUACGAGAAUCCACCUAGUAUGCGCGUCUUGACGAAGAGCGGUAUGAAGGAGCUGGCUGUGUACGUUUGGGAUGGGGAUGGGCUAUGGCUUGCGGGCAAAUGGAGGACUACUGAUGAACUUCACAUUUUUGGGAAGUUUGUGAGGGAGUGAAGGGGGUUUGGUUUACUGAUGCGCUGUAGUUUUUUUGUUGCAGCUGUCGCGACAUGGCUUAGGUUAUGGUACGCGAGAAUGAAUCGGCUUCAGAGGAGCGAUAGUAGAGGCGAUCAGAGAGUCUGGGCGUUGUAAAUUGGAAUUGGCUUUUAGUGACUACACAUUUUGAAUGAACUGAUUACUGG